AUGAGUAAAAAUAAAAAAGGGAAAAAAAAGGACGAUUUGGAUGCAAUACUGGCUGAACUAGGAAUAGAUGAAAAACGAGAAGAUGAAGUAAACGAUAAGAAGGAUGAUGAAGGGAAGGAAAAAGAAAAAGAAAAUGAAAAAGAGGAAAACGAACAGACAAAAAUGUCCAAAUCGAAAAAAAAGAAAGAAAAAUUAAAGCAAAAAAAGGAACAAAUGAAAAAUAAGGAAAAGGAUGAAAAAGGAUUGGAAGGGGAAGAGGGAAAAGGCCCAAAAGAUGAAGAGGUAAAAGGGGAAGAUGAUGAAGACAAUUUAGAAGCUGAGGGAGUAAAAAAUAAGAACGAAAUUAUGACUAACCAAAAUGAGGAUAGUGAAAAGAAAAAUAAAAAAAAAAAAAAAAAAGAUAAAGAAAAAGAAAAAAAGUCAACAGGUAUAUCUGAAAUGGCAAAAGCUGCUGCAGAAAGGCUGAGAUUAGUAAAAGAGUAUGAAGAAAAAAAAAAAGAAGAAGAAAGGAAAAAACAAGAAGAAGAAGAAGAACGAAUUAAAAAAGAAGAGGAAGAGAAAGAGAGGAAACGACAAGCCAAAUUAGAAAAAAAAAUGCAGUUAAAAAAAGAAGGGAAAUUAUUGAGUGCAAAAGCGAAAGAAGAAAAAAAAAAAAAAGAAUUAUAUUUAAAAACGUUAAAAGAAUCAGGUUUGUUAGUAGAACCAAAGGAAAAAGAAGAGUCCAAAGCUAAAGCGAAGGCAGAAAUUGUUAAUCUAGAUCUUAAUAAAGCAAAAUUGCUUUUGAAGAAAAAAAAAAGCAAACAACUGACAAACAGUAGCAAUAAUGUAGAGGAGAAAAAUAAACAGCUCCUUUCGAACAGUAACAACAAAGAAGAUGAAAAAGACGAUACAAAAAAAGAAGAAAAAGAAGAGGAAGUCGUUCUGGAUGACUGGGAGGACUUCCUGAAUAUGGACGAAGAGAAUAAAAAGGAGAGAGGAAAACAUGAAACUAAAGAAAGUGCAAAGAAUGGUGUAAAGGAUGAUGUAAGGGACGGUGCGAAGGACAAGACUGUCAAAAAAGGGGCGAACGAAAAGAAGGACCUCCUGAACAAAAAGAGGAGAAAGAAGGUUGAGAACGAGGAUGAUAGUAAUAACGAAGAUAACAUGUAUAGGUCAGCAAUAGUGUGUAUAUUAGGACAUGUAGAUACAGGUAAAACAAAAUUAUUAGAUAAGUUGAGACACACAAAUGUGCAGGACAAUGAAGCAGGAGGUAUAACACAACAAAUAGGAGCAACCUUUUUUCCAAAAGAGGUUUUAGAUAAAGAAAUAAAAAAAAUAGAUUCAAAUAUUAAAUGUUUGUCUAAAGGAAUUAUGAUUAUUGAUACACCUGGACAUGAAUCAUUUUACAAUUUAAGAAAGAGAGGAUCAUCAUUAUGUGAUAUAGCUAUAUUGGUUAUAGACCUAAUGCAUGGUUUAGAACAACAAACAAAGGAAUCAAUUCAAAUUUUAAAACAACGAAAUUGUCCUUUUGUUAUUGCAUUAAAUAAAAUUGAUAGAUUAUAUAUGUGGAAUAAGAAUGAUUGGUCUCCUUUUAAUACAACAUUUAAAAAACAAAAGCAAGAUACUCAAGAUGAAUUUCAUGAAAGACUAAGAAAUAUACUAAACGAAUUAUCUGAGCAAGGUUUGAAUUGUGAACUAUAUUGGCAAAAUGCAAAUCCACGUAAAUAUGUUUCUAUUGUUCCUACUAGUGCUAUUACAGGAGAAGGAAUUGCAGAUUUAAUUAUGAUCCUAGUUAAAUUAACACAAACAUUUAUGUUAAAAAAUAUAGAAUAUCAUGAUAAAUUAGAAUGUACUGUUUUAGAAGUAAAAAAUAUAGAAGGUUUAGGGACUACCAUAGAUGUAAUAUUAACAAAUGGUAUAUUACGUGAAUCAGAUACAAUAGUAUUAUGUGGUAUUAAUGGACCUAUAGUUACUGUUAUAAGAGCACUUCUAACCCCACAACCAUUAAAAGAAUUAAGAAUAAAAAAUGAAUACAUUCAUCAUAAAUCUAUAAAAGCUUGUAUAGGUGUAAAGAUAUCAGCAAAUGGGUUAGAAGAAGUAUUAUGUGGUACUACUUUAUUUACUGCAAAUAAUACAGAAGAAAUAGAAGAAUAUAAAAAAAAAGCAAUGAAUGAUAUGUCGGAUGUAUUUAAUCAUGUAGAUAAAACUGGUGUAGGUCUAUAUGUUAUGGCUAGUACAUUAGGUUCUUUAGAAGCGUUACUUAUUUUUCUAAAUGAUUCAAAAAUACCUGUGUUCUCAGUAAAUCUAGGAACAGUACAAAAAAAAGAUGUAAAAAAAGCUAGUAUCAUGAGAGAAAAAGGUAGACCCGAAUACUCAGUUAUAUUAGCAUUUGAUGUUAAAAUUGAUCCAGAAGCAGAAAAAGAAGCACAAUUAUUAGGUGUUGAAAUUAUGCAAAAGGAUAUUAUUUAUCAUCUAUUUGAUGCAUUUACAAACUAUUUGAAAAAAAUUGAAGAAGAAAAAAAACAAAGUAAACUUACUGAUGCUAUUUUCCCAUGUGAACUAUCUGUUGUUAGUGAUUGUGUUUUUAAUAAAAAGGAUCCUAUAAUUAUGGGUGUCAAAAUUGAGUGUGGCAUUUUAAAAAUUGGUACUCCUCUUUUUAUUCCAGAAAAAAAUCUAAAAAUUGGUAAUGUUGUUAGUAUAGAAUCAAAUAAGAAGAGUUGUGAUAAAGCAAAAAAAGGAGAAGAAGUUUGUAUCAAAAUAUACGGUGAACCACAUGUCACAUAUGGUAGACAUUUUGAUGCUAGCCAAAAAAUUUUUAGCAAAAUUACUAGAGAAAGCAUUGAUGUUUUAAAAGAGUACUUUAGAAGUGAACUAACCAUGGAGGACUGGAAGCUUGUGGUGCAGCUGAAAAAAAUUUUUAAUAUUUUGUAA